AAAGAAUUGAUUCCUCCCUUUUUCCCUUCCUCUCUAUAAACUCCCAACAUUUGUGCUCUGCCCAAUUGUGCUCUGCUUCUGCUCUUUGAUUCAUUCAUUUUUCCCAAUUAUAAACCCUAAUUUUAUUCUUUUUCCUUCAAUUCAAUCUCACUUGCCCCAUCUCCCUGAUAGUUGCUUGUUCUGAAGUGUGUUAUCAUGAAUGCACUUGCAGCAACUAACAGAAAUUUUAAGCUCGCAUCCCGACUUCUCGGGUUGGACUCUAAACUCGAAAAGAGUCUUCUCAUUCCAUUUAGAGAAAUCAAGGUUGAGUGCACUAUACCAAAAGAUGAUGGUAGUUUAGCUUCUUUCGUUGGAUUCAGAGUUCAGCAUGACAAUUCUAGAGGCCCCAUGAAGGGUGGAAUUAGAUAUCACCCUGAGGUUGAUCCAGAUGAGGUCAAUGCAUUAGCGCAACUAAUGACAUGGAAGACUGCAGUAGCAAACAUCCCUUAUGGUGGCGCAAAGGGUGGCAUAGGAUGUAACCCAUCGGAUCUAAGUCCGUCUGAGCUUGAACGUUUGACAAGAGUUUUCACCCAAAGGAUUCAUGAUCUUAUCGGUAUCCAUAUCGAUGUACCAGCUCCUGAUAUGGGUACAAAUGCCCAGACAAUGGCAUGGAUAUUGGAUGAGUACUCGAAAUUUCAUGGGCAUUCACCAGCAGUUGUUACCGGGAAACCAAUUGACCUAGGUGGAUCUCUUGGUAGAGAUUCGGCUACAGGAAGAGGGGUGCUCUUUGCUGCACAAGCCCUUCUUAAUGAGUACGGAAAAACUAUAUCCGGACAAAGAUUUGUGAUACAGGGAUUCGGUAAUGUGGGUUCGUGGGCUGCACGACUGAUCAGUGAACUCGGAGGGAAGGUUAUUGCUGUAAGCGAUAUCAGUGGAGCCAUAAAAAACAAGGACGGACUUGAUAUCGACAACUUACUUAACCAUGUCAAAGAAAAUCGCGGAGUUAAUGGUUUCCAUGGUGCGGAUGCAAUAGACCCAAAUUCUAUAUUUGUCGAAGAUUGCGAUGUUUUAAUUCCCGCUGCCCUUGGUGGCGUUAUUAAUAGGGAGAAUGCGAACGAAAUAAAGGCGAAAUAUAUUGUUGAGGCGGCAAACCAUCCUACGGAUCCAGAAGCGGAUGAGAUAUUGAAAAAGAAAGGUGUUGUAAUUCUUCCCGACAUAUAUGCAAACUCCGGUGGUGUUACCGUUAGUUACUUUGAAUGGGUUCAGAAUAUUCAAGGAUUCAUGUGGGAUGAAUGGAGAGUGAACAACGAGCUCAAAACCUACAUGACGAGAGGUUUGAAGGACGUAAAAGAAAUGUGCAAGACGCAUAAUUGUGAUCUUCGGAUGGGAGCUUUCACCCUGGGGCUUAAUCGUGUGGCUCGAGCUACCGUUCUUAGAGGUUGGGAAGCUUAAGAUCAAACGAAUGCUUGUGAUUCUUGUUCAAUUAUAGAUUCUUUGCUCAUUUUUGACUUGUUUUGAUGCAUCCUAUAAUUAUAAAGAUAUGCUCCAAGUUGAGCCUUAUGUUUAUGCUUUUAUUUAUGGUCGGGUAUGAAAAUUUUAGGUGGAUCUGGGUAUGGAAAAGGGCAUACUACAUCUAUUCGCCCAUUUUACCAUCCCUAUUUAUGAAUAUUAGAAAUAGAUGGUUUUGUUAACACCUGGAUUUUUAAUCUCUGCUCUUUGUUAAUUUAGAGAUUAAUUUUUCUAUUACUAAUGUAACUUUAUGAUUGGAUGAGAGCAAGAAAAAGCUUUAUACUUAUAAACUUGUGAAUUUUGAUCUCUUUCUAAAAAAAUGGUUGGUUUGGCGAAGAAUAUU